AUGGUUCCCAAAAUAUUUUCUUUCCUUCAGAUUUUCACUCUCUUCACUGUUACUUUUGCUUCCACUGAGGAAGCAACUGCUCUCCUCAAAUGGAAAGCAACUUUUCAAAACCAGAAUAAUUCCUUAUUGGCUUCAUGGACACUAAGUGUUGGUGCAUGCACGGAUUGGUAUGGAGUUAUAUGUUUUAAUGGUCAGAUAAACAGGUUGAAUAUUACAAAUGCUGGUGUUAUUGGUACACUCUAUGAUUUUCCAUUUUCAUCUCUACCAUUUCUUGAAUAUGUUGAUCUUAGCAUGAACCAGCUCUCUGGUAUUAUACCCCCUGAAAUAGGAAACCUCACUAAUCUUGUCUAUCUUGACUUGUCGUCUAAUCAGUUUUCAGGCAAAAUCCCAUCACAGAUUGGCUCACUGUUAAAGGUUGAGAACCUCUUCAUCUUUAAUAACCAACUUUCUGGUCUCAUUCCUAGAGAAUUGGGAAAUUUGAAAAACCUCACUGAUAUGAAACUAUCCCAAAAUAAGCUUAGUGGUUCAAUUCCAAUUUCUUUAGGUGACUUAACUGAACUCAAACUUUUGUACCUUCAUUCUAAUCAACUUUCUAGUUUCAUUCCGAGUGAAUUGGGAAAUUUGAAAAACCUCAAUGAUUUGCAGCUAUCUCAUAAUAAGCUUAGUGGUUCAAUUCCAAUUACUUUAGGUGACUUAACUGAGCUCAAAAUUUUGUAUCUUCAUUCUAACCAACUUUCUGGUUUCAUUCUUAGUGAAUUGGGAAAUUUGAAAAACCUCAAUGAUCUGGAGCUAUGUGAAAAUCAACUUACGGGUUCAAUUCCAAUUACUUUAGGUGACUUAACUGAGCUCAAAAUUUUGUACCUUUAUUCUAACCAACUUUCUGGUCUCAUUCCUAGUCAGUUGGGGAAUUUGAAAAACCUCACAGAGCUGGAUUUAUCCGAGAAUCAGCUUAGUGGUUCGAUUGCAAUUACUCUAGGUGACUUAACUGAUCUCAAUUUUUUGUACCUUCAUUCUAACCAACUUUCUGGUCUCAUUCCUAGAGAAUUGGGAAAUUUGAAAAACCUCACUGAUAUGAAACUAUCCCAAAAUAAGCUUCGUGGUUCAAUUCCAAUUUCUUUAGGUGACUUAACUGAACUCAAACUUUUGUACCUUCAUUCUAAUCAACUUUCUGGUUUCAUUCCGAGUGAAUUGGGAAAUUUGAAAAACCUCAAUGAUUUGCAGCUAUCUCAUAAUAAGCUUAGUGGUUCAAUUCCAAUUACUUUAGGUGACUUAACUGAGCUCAAAAUUUUGUAUCUUCAUUCUAACCAACUUUCUGGUUUCAUUCUUAGUGAAUUGGGAAAUUUGAAAAACCUCAAUGAUCUGUAUCUACAAGAAAAUCAACUUACUGGUCCGAUUCCUUCUUCCUUUGGCAAUUUGAGAAAGUUACAAUUUUUGUAUCUCCGUGCCAACAAACUUUCUGGUUCUAUUCCAAAAGAACUUGCAUAUUUGGAUAACUUAGUAGAGCUGAUACUAAGUGAAAAUCAGUUUUCAGGCCAUUUGCCUGAGCAUCUUUGCCAAGGUGGGAAACUUGAGAACUUCACGGUGGCCAGUAACAAGUUAACAGGACCAAUACCAAGAAGCUUGAGCAAGUGCUCCAGUUUUAAAUGGGUCCGCUUUAACAACAACAGUUUCACUGGGGAUUUAUCUGAAAAUUUUGGUAUCUAUCCAGAGCUUCUGUUCAUUGAUUUGAGCGACAAUGAUUUUCAUGGUGAACUCAGCAGUAACUGGGGAAAAUGCAAAAAUUUAAUUGAUCUGCGUGUAGCCAGAAAUAACAUUAGUGGUAGCAUACCACUAGAGAUUGGAAAUGUCAAAGGACUUCUAGGACUUGAUCUUUCAUCGAAUCAUUUGAUUGGGCAGAUUCCAAAGGAAUUUGGAAAAUUAACCUCUCUAGUUAAUCUUUUUCUGCAAAACAACCGAAUUUCUGGCAAUAUACCUGAGGAUUUUGAGUCACUAACAAAGUUAGAGACCCUAGAUCUGUCAAACAAUAGAUUGAAUGGGUCAAUCCCGAUGUGUAUAGUAGAUUUCGUGCACUUGUUUCAGUUGAACCUGAGCAACAACAAGUUUGGCCAGAAAAUUCCAAAGGAGAUAUGGAGGAUAGCUCAGCUUAAUGUACUUGAUUUGAGCUAUAAUCUUCUGGUUGGAGAUAUACCCCCUCAGUUAGCCAAUUUGAAGGUGUUGGUAAACUUAAAUCUUUCCCACAAUGGCCUAUCUGGGCGCAUUCCUCAAGAACUUGAAAGUUUGACUGGUUUGCAGGAUGUCGUAUUGUCAUACAAUGAGUUGGAAGGUCCAAUCCCUAAUAAUAAGGCUUUUAUCAAUGCCUCAUUGGAGGGUAAUAAAGGUCUUUGCGGAAAUGUAGCAGGACUCCAGCCUUGUGAAAGGCCGUCUUCUAUGGUGAAGAAGCACUCAAUGGCGAAGGGAUGUAAACUCACCCUCAUCACUGUACUUCCUGUUAUGGGAGCACUGGUACUGCUCUGUCUUUUCAUUGGUGUUCUCUUUAUGUGUAAUAAAAAGAGGAGAGUUAGAGAAGUUGAAAGAAGGGAUGGUGAUGGUUGGCUUUCGAUAUCCAUGUUAGAUGGGAAGGAAUUGUACAGGGACAUCUUAAACGCCACAGAAGAGUUUGAUGAAAAAUUUUGCAUUGGGCGAGGAGGUCACGGAAGUGUUUACAAGGUAAACCUUCCAUCAUUAGGGAAUAUUGCUGUGAAGAGACUUCAUUCUUCAUUUCAGAAUACACAUCCCAAAAGCUUCAUCAAUGAAGUAAGGGCAUUGACUGGGAUUAAGCACCGAAACAUUGUGAACCUCUACGGCUAUUGUUCGAAAGCACAACACUCACUCUUGGUUACGCAAAUGUGUGAUGUGUAUAGCUUUGGAGUAUUAUCAUUGGAGAUAGUCAAAGGAAAGCAUCUUGGGGAAUACAUUACUGUGCUAGCAAAUUCAUUGACUAUAGAUCCUGAGCAGCUUAGCGAUUUGCUGGAUGAACGCCUUCCAUAUCCUGAAGAUAGAGUAAAAGAUGUUUUGGUUUUUAUCAUCAAGCUAGCAUGCUCUUGUUUGCUUGAAACUCCAAAAUCAAGGCCAACAAUGCACUUCAUCUCUCAUAAGUUAUCAUCAAUGGAUGCACGUCCACCUAUUCAUCAGAGAAACCCCCAUGGUGCUCAUUUGGUUUACUCUAUUAAUAUGUAUAUUGUAAGAGAUUACUCUCCCAAUACCUAUGAACAUUCACUUAUUGCUAUAAUAAUUAUAUUAAAGAAGGUGAAUGAAGAGUUGCACAGUAUUAAUUAUGAGAAAUGUUCACUUAUUGCUCCAACAAUAAUAAUGAUGAAUAAGGAAAAUGAAGAGUUGGGGUGUUUGUGGUUGUUGGGUCUGUUUUCAUGGGGUUUGGGGGGUCAUUUGGUUGCUGUUUUGUGUCCGGUUCUCGCCGGAGAUGGCAGAUCUGAUGGGUUUGGAGUCGGGUAUUUGGUGGGUUUGGUGAGCUCGAAGCUUGUUCGCUUCAUGGGUUGUGCUUUGGUGUGGAGGAAUAAGGAGAACGGUUGGGUUGGAGGUGUUUGGAGUUGGGAGCUGCUGGUUGUUUGA